ACAAUCUCCUUGCUCUUCUGGUGAAGGAAGGAAGUUCACCUAUAAUUCCAAAAGAUGUCGACUCUUCUGGAAAACAUCAAUGGCAUCAUCAAAAUAUUCCACAAAUAUUCAAAAACAGAUAAGGAGGCUGACACAUUGAGUAAAAAAGAGCUGAAGGAAUUGCUGGAAGUGGAGUUUCGGCCCGUCUUGAAGAAUCCAGAUGACCCAGACACCACUGAAGUUUUCAUGCAUAUCCUUGAUGUAGAUCACAACAAGAAAAUAGACUUUACAGAGUUUUUUCUGAUGGUAUUCAAGUUGGCUCAUGCAUAUUAUAAUUAUACUCAAAGACAGAAUUUACAGACAGCAGGACAAAAACAGAAAAAGUAUACAUACCGCUACGAAGAUGAAGAAGAUGAUACAGAAGAAGAAAAAGAAACAAAAAGAAAGUACAGUCAUUCAAGAAGUGGUGGAAAGAAUCAAGACAGAUCAAAGAGCCCAAGAGGAAGAGGAAAAAAGAGACAUGGAUCUAAAUCUGGAAGUAAACAAAGAAGAGAUGACACACCAACCUCUGGACACAGACAUGGAUGCAGCAAAAAACAUCAUGAGUCAAGAAGGGAAAAGAAAAGGAGAUCACGCUCUACUGAACCAAAAGAAAGAAGGCACAUGUCAAGUGUUAGCCCAACCAGGGGAUAUGAAGAAAAAGAAGAAGAAUGUGGUUAUGAAAAUAAAGGUAAAAGAAGUGCAAAAUGUACAGGAUCAGAGUAUGAUGAUUCCUAUCAAGUUUGUGAAGACAAAGUGACUACGAAUUUUCAAUCCAGUCACAGUAAAAACUAUGGGUCAAACAUCACGAAGGGCAGAGACACGGAAGGACAUUCACGAGAUACAGGUAGGAAAUUCGUAUUCACUCAUGGAAGAUCAGGUUCCAGUUCAAGGAAUCAAAAUGGUUCUGUCCAGACUCAUGCAGGAGAUAAUUCUACCCACUCAGAAUCCCAACAAGAGACACACAGUGAAUCUGUCAACAGAAGGUCAAGAAACACUGGGCAAAGACAGGGGAGCCACCAUGAGCAGUCAAGAGACAGCUCCAGACUCUCUGGAACUGGACAUGGACAAACUUCAGCUGAAUCUGGAAAUGGCAGACAUAGAGAAUCCAGUGUUAGUCAAGCCAGUGACAGUGUGGGACACGCCAGAGAUUCAGAUAGGCGUUCUGAGACAACUCACGGAAGACCUGGUUCCAGCUCAAGGAAUCAACAUGGUUCCUCCCAUGGUCAGACAGGGGACAGUUAUAGGCACUCAGAGACCAAUCAAGGGAGCCACAAUGAGAGACACGCCAGAGAUUCAGGUAGGCAUUCUGAGACAACUCAUGAAAGACCUGGUUCCAGCUCAAGAAAUCAACAUGGAUCUUCCCAUGGCCAUACUGGAGACAGUUCUAGGCGCUCAGAGUCCCAUCAAGAGAGACAUAGUGAAUCUGUCCAUGGAAGGUCAGGAUCCAGCACUGGGCAAAGGCAGGGGAGUCACCAUGAGCAGUCAAGAGACAGCUCCAGACAGUCUGGAACUGGACAUGGACAAUCCUCAGCUGGAUAUGGAAGCAGGAAACAUAGGGAAUCCAGUGCUAGUCAGGCCAGUGACAGUGAAGGACAUUCAGAAGACUCAGGUAGACGUCUGGAUCAAGCACAGGGCAAAGACAGGGGAGCCACCAUGAGCAAUCAAGAGACAGCUCCAGACAGUCUGGAACUGGUCAUGGACAAACCUCCACUGGAUCCGGAAGCAGUAGGCACAGGCAAUCCAGUGCUAGUCAGGCCAGUGACAGUGAAGGACAUUCAGAAGACUCAGGUAGACAGUCCGUGGCAACUCAAGGAAGAUUUGGUUCCAGCUCAAGAAACCAACGUGGAUCUUCGCAUGGCCAGACAGGAGACAGUUCUAGGCACUCAGCAUCUCAUCAAGGGAGGCACAGUGAAUCAGUCCAUGAAAGCUCAAGAAACCAACAUGGAGCUUCCCACGGCCAGAGAGGAGAUAGUUCUAGGCGCUCAGAGACCAAUCAAGGGAGCCACAAUGAGAGACACGCCAGAGAUUCAGGUAGACAUUCCGAGACAACUCAUGGAAGACCUGGUUCCAGCUCAAGAAAUCAACAUGGAUCUUCCCAUGGCCAUACUGGAGACAGUUCUAGGCGCUCAGAGUCCCAUCAAGAGAGACAUAGUGAAUCUGUCCAUGGAAGGUCAGAAUCCAGCACUGGGCAAAGGCAGAGGAGCCACCAUGAGCAGUCAAGAGACAGUUCCAGACACUCUGGGUCUCAACAGGGACAAACCUCCACUGGAUCCAGAAGCAGCAGGCACAGCGAAUCCAGUGUUAGUCAGGCCAGUGACAAUGAGGGACAUGCAAGAGAUUCAGGUAGGCAUUCUGAGACAACUCAUGGAAGAUCUGGUUCCAGCUCAAGGAACCAACAUGGAUCUUUCCAUGGCCAGACAGGAGAUAGUUCUAGGCACUCAGAGUCCCAUCAAGGGAGCCACGGUGAAUCUAUCCACCAAAGGUCUGGAUCAAGCACUGGGCAAAAACAGGGGAGACACCAUGAGCAGUCAAGAGACAGCUCCAGACAGUCUGGGUCUCAACAGGGACAAACCUCCACUGGAUCCAGAAGCAGUAGGCACAGGGAAUCCAGUGUUAAUCAGGCCAGUGACAGUGAGGGGCAUGCAAGAGAUUCAGUUAGGCAUUCUGAGACAACUCAUGGAAGAUCCAGUUCCAGCUCAAGAAACCAACAUGGAUUUUCCCAUGGCCAGACAGGAGACAGUUCUAGGCACUCAGAGUCUCAUCAAGGCAGGCACAGUGAUUCUCUCCAAGGAAGGUCAGGAUCUAGCACUGGGCAAAGACAGGGGAGUCACCAUGAGCAGUCAAGAGACAGCUCCAGACAGUCUGGAACUGGACAUGGACAAUCCUCAGCUGGAUAUGGAAGCAGGAAACAUAGGGAAUCCAGUGCUAGUCAGGCCAGUGACAGUGAAGGACAUUCAGAAGACUCAGGGCAAAGACAGGGGAGCCACCAUGAGCAAUCAAGAGACAGCUCCAGACAGUCUGGAACUGGUCAUGGACAAACCUCCACUGGAUCCGGAAGCAGUAGGCACAGGCAAUCCAGUGCUAGUCAGGCCAGUGACAGUGAAGGACAUUCAGAAGACUCAGGUAGACAGUCCGUGGCAACUCAAGGAAGAUUUGGUUCCAGCUCAAGAAACCAACGUGGAUCUUCGCAUGGCCAGACAGGAGACAGUUCUAGGCACUCAGCAUCUCAUCAAGGGAGGCACAGUGAAUCAGUCCAUGAAAGCUCAAGAAACCAACAUGGAGCUUCCCAUGGCCAGAGAGGAGAUAGUUCUAGGCGCUCAGAGACCAAUCAAGGGAGCCACAAUGAGAGACAUGCCAGAGAUUCAGGUAGACAUUCCGAGACAACUCAUGGAAGACCUGGUUCCAGCUCAAGAAACCAACAUGGAUCUGUCCAUGGCCAGACAGGAGACAGUCCUAGGCACUCAGAGUCCCGUCAAGAGAGGCGCAGUGAAUCUGUCCAUGAAAGGUCAGGAUCCAGCACUGGGCAAAGGCAGGGGAGCCACCAUGAGCAGUCAAGUGACAGCUCCAGACAGUCUGGAACUCGACAUGGACAAACCUCCACUGGAUCCAGAAGCAGCAGGCACAGCGAAUCCAGUGUUAGUCAGGCCAGUGACAGUGAAGGACAUUCAGAAGACUCAGCUUCAAGAAACCAACAUGUAUCUGUCCAUGGACAGACAGGAGACAGUUCUAGGCACUCAGAGUCCCAUCAAGGAAGGCACAGUGAUACUGUCCACCAAAGGUCUGGAUCAAGCACGGGGCAAAGACAGGGAAGCCACCAUGAGCAGUCAAGGGACAGCUCCAGACACUCUGGGUCUCAACAGGGACAAACCUCCUCUGGAUCUGGAAGCAGCAGGCACAGAGAAUCCAUUGUUAGUCAGGCCAGUGACAGUGAGGGACAUGCAAGAGAUUCAGGUAGGCAUUCUGAGACAACUCAUGGAAGGUCUGGUUCCAGCUCAAGGAACCAACAUGGAUCUGUCCAUGGCCAGACAGGAGACAGUUCUAGGCACUCACAGUUCCAUCAAGGGAGCCAUGGUGAAUCUAUCCACCAAAGGUCUGGGUCAAGCACUGGGCAAAGAGAGGGGAGCCACCAUGAGCAGUCAAGGGACAGCUCCAGAUACUCUGGAACUGCUCAUGGAGAAACAUCCACUGGAUCUGGAAGCAGCAGAUAUAGGGAAUCCAGAGUUAGUCAGUCCAGUGACAGCAAGGGUCAUUCGAGAGGUUCAGGAAAGAUUUCCUACAGAAUAUGAACGGUUAAUUUUAAUUUACAAAAGGAUGCCAAAACUCCUAAAAAGCAUCGUUACUGUCAUCGAUAUUUUCUACCAAUAUGCCAACCAGGAUGGGGAGUGUGACAUGUUGAACAAGGCAGAACUGAAAGAACUUUUGGAAAAUGAGUUUGGUCAAAUUCUGAAGAAUCCAGAUGAUCCAGACACUGUAGAUACCAUCAUGCAAAAUCUAGAUCAAGACCAUAACAAGAAAGUAGAAUUUACCGAGUACCUUCUGAUGAUAUUCAAGCUGGCUCGGGCCUGUAAUAAAAUCGUCAGCAAAGAUUACUGCCAAGCUUCAGGGUCAAAGCAAAGAGAUCACAGACACCAGGACCAAGAGGAACAGAGUGAAAUAGAAGAGGAGGAUGAAGGGCAAAAAUCAUCUUCCAGUAACUUAAGUUCGAGUGAAGGAGAGAAUGAUUCCCAUUCCAGAGGCUCAGGAGGUAGCAUUAGAAACAGGUCUAGGUCCAGGUCCAGAAUAACUGGGCAUCAAGGAGGCUUGUCUAGUUCUGGGGACAGGCAAAGCUUUAGGGAAAGAAGGAGGGAGUCAAAUUCAGGCCACUCCAAGGGUAGCAAGAAAAACAAGCAUGGCUCUCAUCAGCACAAAAGGUCUAGGAGUGAAGAAGUUGGUUAUACGCAUUCAAGCAACCACAGAACAAGAUCAAACUCAGGAAAUUGGUCAGGCACUUAUGGAGAAGAAGGGCAUGUGAGCCACUCAGAGGAUCAGUCUUUCAGUUCUGAUCAAAACUGGUCUGACUCAAAUGAAUCUCUGGGGAAUAGACAACAUAAGAAAAAACCAAGCCAGUCACCUAGUAAGAAGCAUCAUGGAUUCAUCUCAGGGAGUUGUGGAGGACAAGACCACUGGUCAAAUUCAAAUGAGCCUGCUGGUUAUGGUCAUGGCUAUGGCUCAAGCCAGCCUUCUCAGCAGAGAUGGCAUGAAUCAAAUGAAGGAUAUCAAUCAGGAAAUUGUGAAGAACAAGGAAACUGUUCUACUUCUAGUUCAAGUGAGGUAUCUAGUUAUGACCAACGCAGGUCAGGCUCAAGACAGCCAUCUAGCAGUAUCCAACAUGGGUCUGGAUCAGGUCAAUCCUCUGCCUAUGGACAACAUAGAUCUAGCUCAGGUCAGUCUUCUGGCUUUAGUCACCACGGAACUGGCAUAGGUCAAUCCUCUAGCUAUGAACAGCAUAGUUCUACUUCAAGACAGUCACCAAACUGUAGCCAACAUGGACCUAGCUUAAGUCACUCUACUAGCUGUGGUCAGUAUGGAUCUGGGUCAGGUCAGUCAUCCAGCUGUGGCCAACAGAGUUCUGGAUCAAGUCAAUCUCUUAAUCAUGGCCAGCAUAGGUCUGAAUCAAGUCAGACAUCUAGCUAUGGCCAACAAAGGACUGGCUCCGGUCAGUCUUCUGGCUGUAGACAACACAGGUCUGGCUCAGGAGAGUCUUCUGGAUUUAAUCAGCAUAGAACUGGCUUAGGUCAAUCCUCUAGCUAUGAACAACAUGGUUCUACCUCAGGACAGUCACAAAGCUGUGGCCAACAUAGAUCGAGCUUAGGUCAGUCCUCUAGCUAUGGUCAGCAUGGCUCAAGUCAGUAUUCUGGUCACAGUCAUCACAGGUCCGGCUCAUGUCAGUCUUCUGGCCACAGCCAACAUGGAUCUGGCUCAGGUCAGUCUUCCAGCUGUGGUCAGCGUGGUUCUAGGUCGAGAGAGUCAUCUGGCUUUGGUCAACAUGGAUCUGGCUUAGGUCAGUCCUCUAGCUAUGGACAACACGGUUCUACUUCUGGACAGUCAUCAGGCUGUGGCCAGCAGGGAUCUAACUUAGGUCAGUCCUCUAGCUAUGGUCAACGGGGCUCAAGUCAAUAUGGCUCAAGUCAGUCUUAUAGCCACAGCCAACACAGGUCUGGCUCACAUCAGUCUUCUGGCCACAGCCAACAUGGGUCUGGCUCAGGUCAGUCUUCCAGCUUUGGUCAGUGUGGUUCUAGCUCAAGAGAGUCAUCUGGCUUUGGUCAGCAUGGCUCAGGCUUAGGUCAAUCCUCUAGCUUUGGGCAACAUGGUUCUACUUCAGGACAGUCAUCACGCUGUGGCCAGCAGAGAUCUAACUUAGGUCAGUCCUCCAGCUAUGGUCAACAUGGCUCAAGUCAAUCUUCCAGCCACAGCAGACGCAGAUCUAGCUCAAGUCAGUCUUCUGGCCACAGCCGACAUGGAUCUGGCUCAGGUCAGUCCUCUAGCUAUGGACGACAUGGUUCUACUUCAGGACAGUCAUCAAGCUGCAGCCAACAGGGAUCUAACUUAGGUCAGUCCUCCAGCUAUGGUCAACAUGGCUCAAGUCAAUCUUACAGCCACAGAAGACGCAGAUCUAGCUCAAGUCAGUCUUCUGGCCACAGCCGACAUGGAUCUGGCUCAGGUCAGUCCUCUAGCUAUGGACGACAUGGUUCUACUUCUGGACAGUCAUCAAACUGCAGCCAACAGGGAUCUAACUUAGGUCAGUCCUCCAGCUAUGGUCAACAUGGCUCAAGUCAAUCUUCGAGCCACCGCAGACGCAGAUCUAGCUCAAGUCAGUCUUCUGGCCACAGCCGACAUGGAUCUGGCUCAGGUCAGUCCUCUAGCUAUGGACAACAUGGUUCUACUUCAGGACAGUCAUCAAGCUGCAGCCAACAGGGAUCUAACUUAGGUCAGUCCUCCAGCUAUGGUCAACAUGGCUCAAGUCAAUCUUACAGCCACAGAAGACGCAGAUCUAGCUCAAGUCAGUCUUCUGGCCACAGCCGACAUGGAUCUGGCUCAGGUCAGUCCUCUAGCUAUGGACGACAUGGUUCUACUUCUGGACAGUCAUCAAACUGCAGCCAACAGGGAUCUAACUUAGGUCAGUCCUCCAGCUAUGGUCAACAGGGCUCAAGUCAAUCUUCCAGCCACCGCCGACACAGAUCUAGCUCAAGUCAGUCUUCUGGCCACAGCCGACAUGGAUCUGGCUCAGGUCAGUCUUCUAGCUGUGGUCAGCAUAGUUCUAGCUCAAGAGAGUCAUCUGGCUUUGGUCAACAUGGAUCUGGCUCAGGUCAGUCCUCUAGCUAUGGACAACAUGGUUCUACUUCUGGACAGUCAUCAAGCUGCAGCCAACAGGGAUCUAACUUAGGUCAGUCCUCCAGCUAUGGUCAACAUGGCUCAAGUCAAUCUUACAGCCACCGCCGACACAGAUCUGGCUCAAGUCAGUCUUCUGGCCACAGCCAACAUGGAUCUGGCUCAGGUCAGUCUUCCAGCUGUGGUCAGCGUGGUUCUAGCUCGAGAGAGUCAUCUGGCUUUGGUCAACAUGGAUCUGGCUUAGGUCAGUCCUCUAACUAUGGACAACACAGUUCUACUUCAGGACAGUCAUCAAGCUGCAGCCAACAGGGAUCUAACUUAGGUCAGUCCUCCAGCUAUGGUCAACAGGGCUCAAGUCAAUAUGGCUCAAGUCAAUCUUCUCACAAUAGCCGACACAGAUCUGGCUCAAGUCAGUCUUCUGGCCACAGCCGACAUGGAUCUGGCUCAGGUCAGUCUUCUAGCUGUGGUCAGCAUAGUUCUAGCUCGAGAGAGUCAUCUGGCUUUGGUCAACAUGGAUCUGGCUUAGGUCAGUCCUCUAGCUAUGGACAACAUGGUUCAACUUCAGGACAGUCAUCAAGCUGCAGCCAACAGGGAUCUAACUUAGGUCAGUCCUCUAGCUAUGGUCAACAUGGUUCUACUUCUGGACAGUCAUCAGGCUGUGGCCAGCAGGAAUCUAACUUAGGUCAGUCCUCUAGCUAUGGUCAACAGGGCUCAAGUCAAUAUGGCUCAAGUCAAUCUUCUCGCAAUAGCCGACACAGAUCUGGCUCAAGUCAGUCUUCUGGCCACAGCCGACAUGGAUCUGGCUCAGGUCAGUCUUCUAGCUGUGGUCAGCGUGGUUCUAGCUCAAGAGAGUCAUCUGGCUUUGGUCAACAUGGCUCAGGCUUAGGUCAAUCCUCUAGCUAUGGACAACACAGUUCUACUUCAGGACAGUCAUCAAGCUGCAGCCAACAGGGAUCUAACUUAGGUCAGUCUUCCAGCCAUGGUCAACGUGGCUCAAGUCAAUAUGGUUCAAGUCAGUCUUCUGGCUUCAGACAACAAGGGUCUGGCUCAGGUCAGUCUUCUAGCUGUGGUCAGCAUGGUUCUAGCUCAAGACAGUCAUCUGGCUUUGGUCAACAUGGAUGUGGCUUAGGUCAGUCCUCUACAUAUGGACACCAUGGGUCUACUUCAGGACAAUCAUCAAGCUGUGGUCAACAUAUAUCUGGAUCAGGUCAGUCUUCCAGUUAUGGUCAACAUAUAUCUGGAUCAGGUCAGUCUUCUAGCUAUGGCCAAUGUGGGUCUGGAUUAGGUACUCCCAAUCAAUCAAGAAGAAACGGCCAGGAAUGCUCAGGAUACAGUCAAAAAGAAAGAAGUAGGAGUUGUAGCCCAACAAGUAGCAAGUCUGAUGGAUAUGAGAGUAUUUGUGGACAAUCAGAAACGUGUAGGCAACAAAGCCAAGGAUGCAGCCAGGGUCAAACGGAAUCUGGCUACAGCUAUUCAAAUUGUAAUGAAGGGCAACCAGGAGGUAGUUAUAGACAAGAGAAAAGCUCCUCAAGUUGUGGCUUUAGACAGUUUACACCGUGCUAUGGAGAAUCUAGAUCUAACACUAGCAAUACAUUGUUAAUUUGCAAGGAGGAUAACAGACAGGGUGGCUAUUAUGACCAGAGAGAAGGAGGUCACUAUGGAGGGAGAGAUACAAACUCAAGUUUCUACAAGUUACGGAGCAGCACUCCACUCUAUGAGUAUGUCCAACAGCAGAGGUGCUAAUUCAAGUGAUGAAUAGUAAAUGGAAGUGAAGUUAACUCAAGCAGUAGUUUAAAAAAUAUGAAACUUACAUACAAGCAAUUCAUUACCAAACUUCUUUCUAAAAGGAGAUAUAUCUAUUUCUGUCUUUUCCUUUUAAACAUGUAACUGUACUUAAUUCCUUGUUAUUGUGUUCCUUCCAAAGAAUUUAGGGUAUGGGGACUACUUUGCUAGGAAAUACAGAGUUGAAUAAAUGAUGUAUGAAAAAAAAUUCAGAAGAAUAAUGCAAAACAUUUAAGGAGCUUGGGGUUUAGGUGAGGUGUCUUUUUGACAGCUCCUUACUCAUCAUAGGAUGCCAAAACUAAUCUUUCAUCUCUAAAGAGCAAAAAAUUAUACAUGUGUUACCAGUUCUGGAGCCAAAGCUUCGCUUAUAGCAACAUGGACCAUAAUUUUCUGUAUGCUCCACAAUGGAUGGUGGCAGAAAAGACCCUAAAAGCAAAGAUGUAGCAUCAAUAGCAUCUUUGCUUAUCAAAACCACCAAGCUCCUUUUCUUAGCUGCAUUUUUAAUGAAUAAACUAACAAGAGGCAUUAAAAAUUGGCACCAGGUGCUCCUCCCUAACUUAUGAGUGAGAGCAUUUUUUUCUUAAAGGGCAGGAAUGAAUCAAUUCAGGAUUGAAGGAUCUAAAUGUUAGCUCUGACUUGGUUUCAGCAAGAAAGAUUUUGACUCCUACUACUAAGAAUUUCCUCCAGGUUAAAAAAAAAAAAAUUAGAGAGCAUGAAAACACAAUGGCUCCAAACUACCUCUGUAGUUCACUGGCCUUCCUCAGAGGAAAAUAUCAUUUAUACAGCAAUGAACAAAAUACUGUCAGCAACUACUUUACAGUUUCUUAAUUUGACUGUAGUAUAUUUGUUUCAAGUCUCUGGAUUCAAAUAAACUUUGACUGCAUUAAAAUUGACAAUAAAUAAUGAUGAUGAAAUA